AAUCUAAUUUGAAAAUACGUAAAAGUUAAUCAGCAAUAAAAGGAAUCAAACACCCAUUAAGUGGUCACGUGCGUGUCUCUACACGCGUGUAAACAUCUAUAACAAUUUACGUAUAUACUAUAGCAUAUGAUAGCUGCUUGAAAGUUAUGAGUUAUAUGUUUUAAUCAGUAAUGUUCGCUCUCUCUCUAUAAAGAUAGUGUCUAUUUGGUUAAAUAUGGAUUACAAAGAUGAACAGCGUAAUGAAAUCGAGGCUCUGGAGUCAAUUUACUGUGGAGAACUGGAAAUUCUAGCAAUAGAACCGUUUUAUACAUUUGCUAUUCCAAUUAAAACGGAAGAAUACGAGCCUGAAACUGAAAAUGGACUUAGUUGUCGAUUAGAGUUUACAUACACAUCAAAAUACCCUGAUGAACCAUUGCAUAUAUCAAUAACAGAACAGGAAAACUUUGAGGGUGAUGAUGAGAAGUUAAAAGCACAUCUGGCAGAACAGAUGAGUGAGAACCUUGGUAUGGUAAUGGUCUUUACAUUAGUUAGUACAGCACAAGAAUGGCUUAAUGUACAGUGGGAUAAAAUAAAAUUGAAGAGAGAAGAGACAGCUGCGCAAAAACUAAUAGAAGAAGAAGAAGCUGAAAGAAGACGAUUUGAGGGAACUCGUGUAACUGUGGAAACUUUCUUAAGUUGGAAAGAAAAGUUUGACGAGGAAAUGGGUUAUAAGAAACGAAAGGAACUCGCAGAACGCGAAGGCAAAAAAUUAACAGGAAGAGAACUAUUUAUGACUGAUAAGACAUUGGAUCAGUCGGAUCUUAAAUUCUUGGAUGAUGGUGAUGCUGUGAAAGUGGAUGAGAGUUUGUUCCAAAAUCUAGAUGACUUAGAUUUAGAUGAUGAUGAUGAUGACCUAGACUUUGAUCCAAAUAUCUCGGAUGAUAGUGCCUAAAUGCGUUUAAUUUAGCAAUGGCUAAUGUAAAUUGAAAAGUAAAAAAAUUAUAAAGAAACUCAUUAAAUUAUUAUUACAUGAAGAGCAAAAUAUCCUUGAGAGUAUAUUUAUAUAAUAGAACAUUUUUUGUGAGCUAAGUACUAUAUAUAAAAAGUGGCAGUGAUAAAUUAUUAUUACCAAGAUAAAAAAUAUGAUAGUUUUUCAACCAAUCCUUCAUUGAAUUCCAAAAUUGAAAAUAUAUGCUUAAAGAAUAAAAUAAUUUUUAUACUUAUGUAUAUAGCUGAAUAUAGCUGAAUUUUAUUCAUAAAGCUUUGUUUAUUAAAGGGA